AUGGAUAAUGACCAGUGGAGGAGAGAGGUUGAAUAUAAAUUAAAAGACAAAGAAAGAGAAAUCAGCUCUGAGAAUGACAGAGGUGAGGAAAGGGAGUUGAAGGGCUUUGAAAAAGAGGAUAUGAAGGCUGAAAAAGAGCAAAAAAGAGAUAAACCAGAGCCCAAACAGAGACCUUACAGGAAAAUGUGGCUGGAGCCACGAGCAGAUCGAGAGAGAACAAAGACUUUACAGGAGGAAUACGGAGAGAGAGAAAAAGACAGGGAGAGAUAUGCCCAGAGACAUGAAGAGGAAGCAAGGGAGAGGUAUGCCCAGAGUCGUGAGGAGAAAGCCAGGGAGAGAUAUGCCAAGAGACAUGUAGAGAAAGCAAGGGAGAGAUAUGCCCAGAUACACGAGGAGGAACCCAGGGAGAAAGAUGCCCAGAGACAUGAGGAGGAACCCAGGGAGAGAGAUGCCCAGAUACACGAGGAGGAACCUAGGGAGAGAUAUACCCAGAGACAUGAAGAGGAACCCAGGGAGAGAUAUGCCCAGAGUCAUGAGGAGGAACUCAGGGAGAGAUAUGCCCAGAGACAUGAGGAGGAACCCAGGGAGAGAUAUGCCCAGAGACAUGAGGAGAAAGAGAGGGAGAUAUAUGCCCAGAGUCAUGAGGAGGAACCCAAGGAGAGAUAUGCCCAGAGACAUGAGGAGGAACCCAGGGAGAGAUAUGCCCAGAGACAUGAGGAGAAAGAGAGGGAGAUAUAUGCCCAGAGUCAUGAGGAGGAACCCAGGGAGAGAUAUGCCCAGAGACAUGAGGAGAAAGAGAGGGAGAUAUAUGCCCAGAGUCAUGAGGAGGAACCCAGGGAGAGAUAUGCCCAGAGUCAUGAGGAGGAACCCAGGGAGAGAUAUGCCCAGAGACAUGAGGAGGAAGCCAGGGAGAGAUAUGCCCAGAGACAUGAGGAGGAAGCCAGGGAGAGAUAUGCCCAGAGACACAAGGAGCAAGAGACACCAAGGAAUGAAGAAGAUACCUCAGCAGACCAAACCUGUCAAGUGUUGCAAACGUUGGCAGAGGACGAUGAACAAGAUAUAGAUGCAGAGUUUAUGACGGAUGAGAGUGAAAGAAGAGUAAGCAAUGAGAGCAUAGAGCCUGACGAUCAAGGGGAGUUCGAUGCAUCCUAUCAAAUAGAGGCAGAACAUUUGGCCGACAGAAUGGAGGGUUGUCACAUAGAGGAAGAAAGUGGAAGUGAAAGAUGUGGUCAGUCCGAUAGGGAAGAAGACAGCGAGGGGGAGUGGGAGGAAAGGAGGGAGAAAAUAACAUCAGGAGAUGACGGUUUCGUGACCGUGUCCAGUGGCUUAGACGACGAUGAGGCAGACGAGGACACGUUUGAGGACUGUAAGGAAUUCUGGGAUAGUGGCAAUAGAGAGGAUCGUUGUAGGCAGUCACCCACCGGCAGCCUCGAGGAUCAGGGAGAGAUUGAAACCAGAAUGGCCGAGGUGAGAGGUGACCACAAAGUCACUGUCUUUUGUGUGGUUGGUCAAACUCUUCCCAGGUCAGGAUCCCACCAAAACCCAUCCACUGAUGACCUGGAGCAGGAGCAGGCCAGUGAACUGUUACCUUACCAAAUGGGUGAUGAGGGUUAUCAAGAUACUGUACCGAUCAGUGACAAAGAGACAGAAAAGGACACAGACCACAGACAUGGUCUUACUUUGCCUGAGGAGAAUAACAUGGACAGUGCAGAGUAUGACAAGGUAACCACUGAUCCUGCCCCACAGGAGGAAGCUGUAAUAGUUACAGAUGACAUGCAUACAGAAAAAGAAAAUAAUGUACACACAGCACCGUCUGUAACAUCCACCGAGACUGAUGAUCAUGAGACGCAUCCAGAAAAGAGAGAAAAAAGACAUUAUUUGAAACAGGCAGAAGGUACCGCACAGGAGAAACGCAUCUCUGCCCCUCCACACGUCAAAUGGGCCAAGAAUGUGCUAAGUGAGAUCCUGGGUUCUUCUGAAGAUGGGACACUUAACAUACCCGAGCCAGGCGAUGGAGUUCCCUCUGAGGCUGAAGGUCUCAGAUCACCGGCCUUACCUCUUUACGGAGUCGUCCAUAAACCCCACAAACACAGACGAGACGUAGAUCCCGAGUCAUCACAUACAAACACGGACACUCUGGUCCAAAAUGAAAUCCCUAUACACGUAGAACGAGAUUCAGAGGAAGAAGAAGAGCCGGAGCAGCCUCGCCCGGAGGUAGAGACCGACGAGGAGGCGGAAUAUUACAAUCUAACCAGUCCUGACCUGAACAGCCUCUCCUCAGAAGGAGAAGGAGAGAAGGAGGAGAGCAGUAAGAAGAACAAGAAACAGAAGAAGAAGACGGUAUGGCAAAUGAUCAGCUCUAGCAGUUUACGGGAUCUGGGACACGAAGCUUUGGGAAGAAGGCGGAAGGGGAUUCGGCGGACAGUGCAAAAACAGAAAGAUGAAGCGAAGGAAGAGGAAGCUGGACGGGACCGCAGGACCAGAGUGUUUCCACCAGAGGAUGAAUAUGAUGAUCUAAGUUCCACCUGGAGUGAAAUGGAUCUAAGUGCUAUUAAGGGAACAAUCAGCAGAUCGAGAACGAGGAACUCAAAAUAUUACAAUUCCCAGUUGUACCAGCAGUACAGUGAGGUGGUUCAGAACAGGGAGCUCCUGCAUCAAUCCAGUUCCGAUUCUGUGUUCGUGGAGGUCAUUGCUCCCCACAUAUCGUCCUCCUCUCCGUGCCCCUCUCCCCCUCUCGCCCGCCGCCCCCUGCCACCUCUUCCCCCCGCGCUUCACUCCCACUCCGUGCCCCAUACUAACUCUGUCUCCAGUUUAAACGAGAGCCUAGCCGUACCUCACAGCUCUCUCCCGAGGCCCUCGUCUCCGCUACGGAGCAGGUCGUUCGCCUCCUCGCCCAUGCUGUGGCAGGACCUGCCUGGAGUAAAGAACAACCCGGAGACCAAGAAUCUCAGCCAGGACGAAAGACGACUUCAGGAGGUAAGGUUCGAGGUGGUGACCUCCGAGGCAUCGUACUGCAGCAGUCUGGACAUCGUGGUGGAGCACUUCGUAAAGUCCAAGCAGCUGAACUCAUACUUAGCCUCGCAGGACAAGAACUGGUUGUUUUCCAGACUGUGUGAUGUCAGAGCCCUCAGUCACAGUUUCUUCACUCAGCUGGAGGGACGAGUGGAGAGCAACAUAAUGCACUUUACAGUCUGUGACCUUAUCAUCAAACACUGUCCCCGAUUCCGAGCCGCCUACGUACCCUACCUCACCAACCAGUCCUACCAGGACAAGACAUACCAAAGAUUAAUAAAUGAGAACUCUGGGUUUCGGCACACAGUGGAAACGCUGGAGCAGAGCCCCCGGUGCCAGAGACUCCCGUUCCGUUCCUUUCUCAUCCUUCCGUUUCAGAGAAUCACUCGCCUUAAACUUCUAGUACAGAACAUUUUAAAGAGAACAGCUCCAAAGUCUAAGGAAGAAGCACAAGCCAUAAAAGCUAUGAAGUUACUGGAGAAGAUGAUACAGGACAGUAAUGACAGUAUUACUCAGAUGAAGAGCAUCGAAUCGCUCGUAUCCCUCAACGCAAAAGUGGACUUUGAGUGCAAGACUCUACCGCUGAUCAGUCAGUCCCGGAGGCUGGUGAGAGAGGGCGCCGUCACAGAGCUGAGAGACUUCGCUAUAAAGGAGAGAGAGAGAACGGUCUACAUCCACCUCUUCAACGACUACCUGCUCGUCUCGCUUCCCAGAGAAAGUGGACGCUUUACGGUGAUCGACCACGCCCCUGUGUCGGAGCUGAGAGCCGAGAACUGCAACGUCAAGCUUCUUUCACUGUCGAAGAACGUCUUUCGCCUGCACUUGGCCAACAGAUCCCUGAUACUGCGCACGGACUCACAAGCUGAUAAACUGCGCUGGAUCUCUGCGCUCUCUCGUCCACAUCCUGAAAUAGACUUCAAUAGCGCACAGGACUGUGCACAGAUGCAGUGCAUCAGAGCGAUUAUAGCUCAGCAACCGGAUGAACUGAGCUUAGAGAAGGCCGACGUGCUGCUCGUCCUUCAGCAGAGCGUCGAUGGCUGGGUGGAGGGAACACGUCUGUCGGACAGACUUCGUGGAUGGGUGCCCAAGACUCACCUGGAAAUAAUAAAGAGUGAUAAAGCUCGCCAGAGUAACCUGAUCGACGCACUGAAAAUCACCACCGCAACGGCCACUGACUGACGCGUUUACAAAACUACUUACAAAUCUGGGAGUAUCAAUUUUCCUUAUCCUUCAUCUCUGCCUGAAAGAUCCAGAGUGAAAGACUCGAUUGUGAAGAGCCACUCGGGUUGUUUAACAUGCUGAUUUUAAUGCACUUUAUCAAGGAUUUAUCAGGACACUCUGGGCUCUUUGGAAUAUUCUAAGCUUUUAUUGGAACGUCGUCCUUGGAGACGGAUUAUUAUUCCUGGAGAAAAAGAAACAGAAGAGCUACAAGACCAUGAUCUUUAUCUUUUAUCAAGAUUGUACAGAUUUUAUAUAACGUGAUGCAAAGUUUUGUACCACUGAGCCUAAGAGCUAUGGACGGAUAAUAAUCCAAAACAAUAAAGAGACAUGAAGAGGUCAUGGAAGCCAACACAUGAAAUAAUGACUUCUAAUAAAUGUCCAACUUUCUUAAAAUUUCUACGCAGUGCUGCAGUGUUACAUGAACAUAUACAACCCCAAAUCAGAAAAAGUUGGGACAGUAUGGAAAAUGCAAAUGAAAUAAAAAC